AUGAGGAAAACAUCCUACGUUGUCGCGUUCUUCGCGGUCCUCCUCACAUUAAUCUUUAACGUCAUUUCCGUCCGCCGUCCCGACUGGCUCGUCGUCAACAGCCCUGAAGUGCUCCACUCCAAGGUCACUGUCCAGUAUGGCCUCAAUCAGCGGUGCGACCGACAAGUGAUUGCCAUACCGGGUCUCCCAGAGGGCAGCAAGCUUGCGUACACCGACUACAAAUGCCGGGUUUUCCCCAAUCGAGCCCUGGACAACUGUGAGAAGGAAAACAAGGCGUUCUGCAUGGUCUGGAGCACCGCAGGCUACUUCUCCGAGUUGGGUAUUGGGUUCGGCGCCGUCGCCUGCCUCACUCUCCUAUUUGGUGUUACCACGCACUCCAGGAGAAGGCGGAUAUGGAGGGCGGUAGCUGUCCUGACCGCAUUACAUGUUAUGUUCCAAAUCAUGGCGUUCGGUGUCGUGACGCAUCUAUACCGUGAAGCAUGGUUCCCGUCGUACGAGAGGGCUCGUCCAGGCCUUGCCUAUGUCCUCAAUACACUCUCUUGGGUCUUUGGGAUUUUGGUGACGGUCGGUAUCAUAACGACUGGUAUCUCGGCCAACAGAGGUCACCACUGGGCUGCUGGCAACAGGGCGUACAGGCCCAUUGCUGGGUAA